AUGCUAUGGUCACUGCUGCUGCCCCUUCUGUGGGCAGGGUCCCUGGCUUGGGGUUCAAGAUACCAGCUGACAGUGCCUGAGUCAGUGACCACGCAGGAGGGUCUGUGCACCCUUGUGUACUGCAGUGUCUUCUACCUGACUUCUGUCAUUUUUGCUGACUCUGUCUUCGGCUACUGGUUCCUGGAAGGAGCCAAUGCAAACCAGGACUCUCCAGUGGCCACAAACAACCCAGACCGACCAGUUCAAACAGAGACCAAGGGGCGAUUCUACCUCCUCGGGAACCCGAAGGUCAGUAAUUGCUCCCUGCUCAUCAAAGACCUACAGGAAAGUGACACGGGAGUGUACUUCUUCAGAGUGGAAACAGGAAUUUUUGUGAAAUACAGUUACAUGAAAAACAAGUUGUCUCUGCACAUGAAGGCUCUGACACAGACCCCUGACUUCCAAGUCCCAAUGACCUUGGAGACGGGCCAUACAGCCCACCUGAUCUGUUCUGUGCCCUGGGCCUAUGAGGGAGGGACACCCCCCGUGUUCACUUGGAUGACAGUUGCUUUCACAUCCCUGACUGUCAGGGAUGCCCUGUCCUCGGUGCUGAGCCUCACACCUCAACCCCAGGACCAUGGAACCAACCUUAUUUGACAUGUGACCUUCCCUGGAGCUGGUGUGACUGUGGCGAAAACUAUCCAGUUAAAUGUGUUAUAUGCUCCACAGAAGCUGACCAUCAAGGUGUCCCGGGGAGAUGACAGGUAGGAACGUCAAGUCCUGCACAGCAACUCAUCUCUGCGGGUCCAAGAGGGGGAGUCUCUGCGCCUGGUCUGCAUGGCCGACAGCAACACCCCUGCCACCUUGAACUGGACCAAAGUGAACCUGACCUCCGGGUUCGUCCAUCCCUCCACCCCUGAGGUGCUGCAGCUGCCUCUGGACAGGGAAGACCAUGGAGACUAUGUCUGCCGAGCUCAGAACAGCCUGGGAACUCAGGACGCCUCUGUGAACCUCAGCGUGAGGAGCCCUCUACAGCUGCUGGGACCCUCCCGCUCCUGGGAGGCUGAGGGUCUGCACUGCGGCUGCUCCUUCAGGGCCUGGCCGGCCCCCUCCCUGCACUGGCGGCUGGGGGAGGGGCUGCUGGGGGGCAACAGCAGCAAUGCCUCCUUCACCGUCACCUCCAGCUCCACGGGGCCCUGGGCCAACAGCUCCCUGAGUCUACAUGGAGUAUUCAGUUCUAACUUGAGGCUCAGCUGUGAAGCCCAGAAUGACCUUGGGGCCCAGAGGGGCACUGUCCUGCUGCCACCAGAUCAAGACGUCAUGAAGGGGAAACCAGAAGCCAGUGUGGAAAGGAUCCAGAGGUUUGUGAUGGGAGAUGGUAUCAUGGUCCUGCUUGCUGUCUGCCUCUGCCUCAUCUUCAUUAUAGUGAAGCUCUACAGGAGGAAGUCAGCACUGAAACUAGUUAGCCAGGAAGUUGGCCAUCUUGCCAAGAACCCCGUCUCCAUGGUGAAUGAUGCACACGUUUAUGUACCAGGGUCAGUCAUCCAGGACGACCAGCCACCCUCUGCCAUAGCCACAGCCACCCUGAAGGAAAAGCCAGAGCUCCACUAUGCCUCCCUCAGCUUCCAAGGGCUGAAGCCCCGGCAGCCUCAGGACCCAGAUGCCACCAAGACUGAGUACACAGAGAUCAAGAUCCACAAGUGACGGCAUCCCUCUGCAUAAGCCCCACCUCUGGCUGGAGGCCGG